CUCACGGUUUGGGACGCCGAGUGCCGCAUGCAGCAUGUUGGUUACCCCCGGGAGGCGGUUCGGGUGGGUCGUGUUUGUUUGCAGGAUUCUCUCUGGAGUCCGCGGAUUGAGACGAACCGUUCUGUGACCGUGCGGUAUUGUUUGCAAAGGUGUGCUGAGAGCGGUCACCUCGGCAAUUUCGCAAAAGCCGCAGGGCGCGCAGCAGGCGGCUUCGAGGGCGAGCACUGCUACAUCGACAGCGACGUCUACAAGAUCAUCGAGGGUGCAGCAUACAUUCUCGAGGGUGGCUGUGAUGAGGAUCUUUGGAGGUCAGUUGACGUGCUGAUCGAGGACAUUGUCAACGCCCAAGAGAACGACGGAUACCUUUACACUGGGCGGACCAUCGAUCCGACCAGCCCAGGGCCUGGUGCUGGUCCUGAGCGGUGGGCAUGGCUUCACCGGGGCAGCCACGACUCUACGUGGCAGGGCACCUGCACGAGGCGGCCGUGGCCCUCUUCGAAGCCACGGGUGACCGCCGGCUGCUCGACGCAGCGAUCAGGACUGAUGGGAAUGCGGACCUUCUGGAUCGCACCUUCGGGUGGGACCGCAGGCGCGACGUGCCUGGGCACCAGGACCGAGGUGGAGCUCGGGCUGGCGCGGCUCUGCCGGGCCACCGGGGACGGCCGCUACCUCCGCCUGGCCAGGUACUGGGGCCCCACGGCGGCUCUUGGCGCGCUGUAGUGUCGGCGGCGAGCUCAGGGGGGGAAGGGGGGUGAAGUGAGAAGGAGACGGCCUUCUCCGAAGGCGGCGGGACCUCUCG